AUGCACAUGACGUUUUUGGCGGCUUCGUUGAUCUUUUUCUGCGACUUAGCGUCUCCUCCUGCGGCCUUUGCGUUUCGCUCUCGCUUCUGCUGUGCUCUGGAGGGGUUUGAUCGGAAGGGGAAACGGAUCAAGAAAGCAUGUGUUAAUGUCUUGUCAUCACCUUGCUCCGAAGGUGGCCGAAACGACGACGACUUACUUUGCGCCGUUACCCAUCGUGAGGUGUCGUUCGAAUCGUUGAUGAGAAGAGAUGAAGAAGAGCACGUUUUUCUCUAUCAAGACCCUGAAAUCCCUGAGCCCGCCUGCAAGUUUUCUUCUGAGACCCAGCGGUAA